ACGGCUCUUGUCACUAUGAUUGGCAAGCUAAACCUUCAGCUAUAGCUCUAACCAUGGCUUACCGUCUAUUCAUCCAAAAUUCGGGUUAAAAUGCAUCUUGUUAAGGUGGUAAUGUCACACAGCCUUCGAUAAAGGUCUGCCUGAAAGACACAGUUUGGGGCAAAAUAGCUAUGAAAAUAAAGUAGGACGGCAUGUGCUGCCUUUCGACGUGCCGGAAAGUUUAUGCAUAUAUUGACAAUCCACGCAAGUGAUAUAGUAAAUAUUUAUAAAAGAAUGUCCUCAAGCUUUAACAAUUUUGGAAUUCCUUAUAGUUAAUUUUUUAAACGUUCUUAUGCUGGAUCCAAACUUUAUUAUUGUCGAAAUGAACUGUAAGGAGAUAUUUGCUGCCUGUAACAGUUUCAAAGAAAUAACUUCUGUACAGUUUACAUCGUCUAAAUUUAACCUCCAUAGAGGCAUCUAGAUACGCAGACUGACGACUAUCUUUAGCCCCAGCACCCAAGCACCAGGAAUAGUAAUGAGCGAGUUCAACAUGUCUGCAGUAAGGCUGAUCCUAUCAUGUCUCUUUUUCAGAGGGCUUCUUGCGCUGUCAGGAAACUUCUGGCACAUCACUGAUCUGCACUUGGACCCAAAAUACAAACUAACUGAGAAACCUGAACUGGUGUGUCCAUCAAGUGGUCAACGACCUGCAGCAAAUGCGGGGAAAUUUGGAGACUAUGCUUGUGACUCGCCAUGGGACCUUAUCAACUCCUCUGUGUAUGCCAUGAGGGAAAUUCUACCAAACCCAGACUUUAUUAUAUGGACAGGAGAUGACACACCACAUGUACCCAAUGAGGAUCUGGGGGUAGAAGCAGUGCUCCAGAUUAUGAGAAACCUCACUCACACCAUAAAACAAGUCUUCCCAAAAACUAAAGUGUACCCUGCUCUGGGUAACCAUGAUUACCACCCUAAGAGCCAGCUUCCUGCAGGCCCAAACUACAUCUAUAACCAAACUGCAGAAAUGUGGCAGGACUGGUUGGAUCCAAAGUCCCAAGCAACAUUUAAAAAAGGUGGAUAUUACACAGAAAAGCUGCUAAAUCGAACAGGUUAUAGGAUGCUGGUCCUGAACACUAACCUCUACUAUGACCAGAACAAGUUGACCCUGGACAUGGACGACCCAGCAGGCCAGUUCAGCUGGGCAGAUGGGGUUCUUAAAGAUGCAGCCACCAACAAAGAGAAGGUGUACAUCAUUGGCCAUGUUCCCCCUGGUUUCUUUGAGAAGAAGAGAAGUAAAAGUUGGUUUACCCCAAAGUUUAACCAGAAAUACUUGGAUUUAAUUCAGAAGCAUCAUUCUGUCAUACUCGGGCAGUUUUUUGGGCAUCACCAUACGGACAGUUUCCGCAUGUUCUACAACUCAGAGGGCUCUCCUAUCAGUACGAUGUUCCUUUGCCCUGGGGUCACACCAUGGAAAACAACAUUGCCUGGAGUGGUGAAUGGAGGAAACAACCCUGGGAUCCGUAUCUGUGAAUAUGACACCCAAACACUUCUGGUCAAAGAUGUGGUGACCUAUUACCUAAAUCUAACUCGUGCUAAUGUGGCUGGUGGACGCUGGGAGAAGGAGUACCGCCUCACAGAGAGCUUCAGAGUACCAGAUGCCUCCCCCACCUCCAUGCACCAGGCUCUGGAAAGCAUUGCUAAUAACCACUGCCACCUACAGAAGUAUUACGAGAUCAACUCUGUCAGCUAUGACCUGACAGCGUGUGACAGUGAGUGCCGUGUUGACCACAUUUGUGCAACCAGAGAAGUAGACUUCAACAAGUAUGAAGACUGUUUGCAAAAAGAAGGGGCAGCUACCAUAUCUGGAGGGUUGCUGCCAGUCCUCUCUGUGGCUAUAGGUCUGCUGUUAGCAGGUCUGUAAUGAUCUAUAGACCAGAUUAUUUUUUUAAAUGUAUUACUGAAGCUUCAGGAAGUCAUUAGGAAAAACAAAAUUUAAGAUAAAGAGUUUUGUAUUUUGUGGUUAUGUAAAUAUUACUUUUAAAAGAAACCUACAUUAUAUGACAUUUAACAUUACCUGAGUCAGGCACUAUAUGUUAUUAAGCAGAGAAAAAAAACAAUCUUUUGGCUUCCAGUC